CAUAGUGAGGGGUGACGUAUAAGGCGAGGAAUCAAGAGCCGGUAGGCUCGAGGAAUGAACAGACAAGCGCCGACUUCACCACUGGUUGCUCGGACAGAGACGCCGAGUGUUGAGUGGUCAGCUACGGGGCGAUGGGCAACGUCCCGCAAUGUAGCCUGGAGAUGUUUGCAUUGGUUGCAAACUUACAGUAGCCCCACGCCUCUCCAAGGAAGCUGACAAUCACCAAAGGUGCUAGAUGUAUUUACGCCACUGCAUCCCCUACAACUUUCCUCUGAAGGCCACCUUCUUACACCCCGGUUACAUUCAAGACGAUAAGAUGGCUUCAAUACCAGUUGUCGUCAAGCACCAGGGCAAACGGUACGAUGUCGAGCUCGACCCCGAAUCCAACGGCGAAACGUUCAAAUUUCAGCUAUACUCUCUCACCGGGGUCGAGCCGGAGCGGCAGAAAAUCUUAGUGAAGGGAGGACAGCUUAAAGAUGAGACCUCGCUAGCGUCACUCAAAGCCAAACCCGGCCAGACGUUCAUGAUGAUGGGCACCCCUUCCGGGGCACAGGGCUCUGCGGAUUUGGGGCGGCCGAAGGAAGUUGUCAAAUUCCUCGAAGAUAUGACGGAAGCUGAGGCCGCACGAGCAGAGGGCGCCCUUCCUGCAGGGUUGCAGAAUCUUGGAAAUACCUGCUAUCUGAAUUCGACAUUGCAAACGCUGAGGAGCGUUCCGGAACUACAUGAAGAACUUCAGAGAUAUCGCCCUUCUGGCAGCACUAGUGGUUCUUCUGGGCUUUCAAAUCUGAGCAGCCUUGGCCUUGGUGGUCUUGGCGCUGCCGGCGAUCUUACAUCCUCCUUGAAAGAUCUGUUCAAGCAGAUGUCGGAGACUCAGGAGGGAUUUCCUCCGCUCAUGUUUCUCAACGCUCUGAGAAAUGUUUAUCCUCAAUUCGCCCAGAGAGAUCGAAACGGACACGGUUAUGCUCAACAAGAUGCGGAAGAGGCCUGGUCACAAAUUGUCUCGCAGCUGCGCCAAAAGCUCACGAUCAAAGACGGAGAAGGGGAAUCUGCCACCGAAGUGUCGUUUGUUGACAAAUAUCUGGGGGGACGAUUUGAGUCGAUCACCGAAUGUGAUGAGUCGGCAGCUCAGGAGGCCGGUGAACAGCCGAACAACAGCUCCGACGUCUUCUACAAGCUGGACUGCCAUAUUGGUAAAGAAACAAACCAUUUGUACGAUGGUAUCAUGGCGGGUCUCGAGGAGAAGAUUGAGAAGCAUUCACCUGUUUUGGAUCGGGAUGCUGUUUAUACCAAGCGCUCGCGAAUUGCCCGGUUACCCAAAUAUCUGACGGUCCAUUUCGUUCGAUUCUUUUGGAAACGCGAAACCCAGAAAAAAGCCAAGAUCAUGCGCAAAGUCACAUUCCCCGCUGAGCUCGACGCUGUUGAUUUCUGUACAGAUGAACUCAAGAAGCAGCUAGUCCCCAUCAGAGACAAGGUACGGGAUAUUCGAAAGGAAGAAGUCGACGUUGAGCGAGCCCGAAAGCGCCAGAAGCUCGCUCACCAGAGAGAGGAAGAUACAAAGGCGGAGGAUUCUGCCCAGGAGCCAAUGCAGAAGAAAACGGCCACCGAGGAGCGCAAGGAGCAAGCGGCGAAGAACGCCGGCAAGGAUGAAGACGCCGCCAUGACAGAUGUUUUCAAGACUGAUGCGGAAUACGAGGCCGAGAAGAAUGCUUCCAUUCUUGCGGCCAAGAAGGAACUUGCUGAGCUUCUUGACCCCAAGCUAGCGGCAGACAGUGGCACCAACAAGACCGGACUUUAUGAACUUAGAGGUGUAAUUACGCAUCAAGGUGCGAGUGCCGAUAGCGGCCAUUAUACCUCUUACGUGAAGAAGAAUAGCAGUGAAAGCAAGGAAGAGCGCGAUGACAAAUGGUGGUGGUUCAACGACGACAAAGUGACCGAGGUGGAUGGCUCGAAGAUUGAGACUCUGGCUGGUGGUGGCGAAUCUCACUCGGCGCUCAUUCUUCUCUACCGUGCUGUCGACCUGCCAACCGUAGAAUAAAUCAGGCUUCAAGGAAUACAAAAUCGAGCUUGGGGUUCCACCCCUUUUCUCGGAGGGCUCGUACGGAACCUAGACGCUCUCAUCCGUGGCUAGAUACCCUCAGGAUUCUUCUUUUAUAAUGCUCCGGAACAGGUCUACAAUGUACUUCCCAGCAUAUGACCAAACUAGCCGAUAGAAUACAUUAAGGAACAUACUCCAAGCCAGCUGGUCCAGUGACUUUUUUUCUUCCUCGGCAGUCAGAUUCAUAUACAACCGGGAAGAAACGCAAUAAGAACUCUAGUUUCUGAAUUGGAUAUCGAGCUCAGGCUUCCCCUAAUUAAAACCCUAGCUUGCACCACACCUUGACAAAUUCUGAGUAGGUUGUAGCUAUUGUCGUAUUCUAGGCAGUCAAUAAUAAUGAGCCGUCCCGUAUGUACCAAAAAGAAGAAACUUGUAAUGUGGCCGAAUCUCAGAGCACAGUCGAUAAGGAUGGCCCCAUCAAGAACCGAGUAACAAAAAUCAUGUCAUAUCACAAAAGUUCCCCACAAACCAAAUCAGCACCUAGUGCAUCACAACAGCAACAUGAUCAUCCAUAUAACUCGCAAUCUCGCCCAAGAAGCACGCAGCCAAGAUCGAAACACCGCCAAACCCAAUGCUCGCAUAGUACACCCACUUGUAACUCUCCGAGUACGCGAUCUGGCCCGCCUUCACAACGGCGUCGUACGCCGCCUGAUUACCCUCAAUGCCAGGGAUAUGGUGCAGAGCCUCGAGAAGCGAGGCGCCCGUGAAUUCAAUGGCCUCGGUGAUGAGGGCGACGUCGGUUAUAUUGAGCUGAGUUACCAUGACACCGCCAAUGUAGUGUUCGGCGUUGGGGAUGAAUUUGUUGAUGAAGACGUUGUAGUAGAUUGUGUACCCGAUGCUGCCGCCGACAACGCGAAUGGAGAGCGUUAGGGCGGAGAUGGUGGCGAUUAGGUCCUGACUGUGGUUAGUUAAUGUAGGGUGGGUGUAAGGUCUUUAGGGGGCUCACAUCAGGGCAGAUGAUGGUUGUGAUGAUUGAGGCUGGGACCACGAUUCCACCAAUUCCAAGUCCCGCAAGAAAUAAGAGGCCCCAAAGUUUAUCCAUGUUAUCGGGUGUUGCGAUGGACAAAGCACCGCAUCCUACAGGGUACACUGCUAGCAAUCAUAAGCUCCUUAUUGUGGCCACGGAAAACACUGAGCAGCCACAGGACAAUACAGGCGCCGCCCAUGAUUCCGAAACCGAUGGGGAGACCGCGAAUGCCAACGCCAGUAGGAUCGUGGCCAUAUACGUUGAAUGCCUGCGUAGGCCAGAACAUGAGGACUGAGAAGAAGUUCGCUCCGGAGAUAAAUGUUAUAACAAGCGUCAAGCCAAGGGUGCGAGGUUCCUGCUUCAGCCGACUGGGGAAGAUGGGAUAUUCGGCACCAUAGACUUCCCAGAAGCCAAAGGCCACUAGCAUGAGGAAGCCGAGAAUAAGGGGAGCGAGGACGUGCGCAGAACCCCAGUCAUAC